CACACAUUUAGGUUUCCUUACUUACUUUUGUCCUGUUGUCACAUCAGCUGUACUCUGAAUAGUCUUAAGGCAAAAAUAUUGUCUACCCGGAUUCAGCAACAUGAAAAGAAUGAAAAGUUGGCUCCUAUGUUGGAUGGUCUUGAGUUUGGUGUCUCAAAACAUUACCUGGCAAAAUCCGGGUUCCAAUAAUGGUUCAGGUCGGGAUUCCAAUAGUGAUUCAGGUCAGGGUUCCAAUAGUGGUUCAAGUCAGGGUUCCAAUAAUGGUUCAGGUCAGGGUUCCAAUAAUGGUUCAGGUCAGGGUUCCAAUAGUGGUUCAAGUCAGGGUUCCAAUAAUGGUUCAGGUCAGGGUUCCAAUAAUGGUUCAGGCCAGGGUUCUAAUAACGGUUCAGGUCAGGGUUCCAAUAAUGGUUCAGGUCAGGGUUCCAAUAACGGUUCAGGUCAGGGUUCCAAUAAUGGUUCAGGUCAGGGUUCCAAUAAGGGUUCAGGUCAGGGUUCCAAUAACGGUUCAGGUCAGGGUUCCAAUAAUAGUUCAGGUCAGGGUUCCAAUAAUGGUUCAGGUCAGGGUUCCAAUAACGGUUCAGGUCAGGGUUCCAAUAAUGGCUCAGGUCAGGGUUCCAAUAAUAGUUCAGGUCAGGGUUCCAAUAAUGGUUCAGGUCAGGGUUCCAAUAACGGUUCAGGUCAGGGUUCCAAUAAGGGUUCAGGUCAGGGUUCCAAUAACGGUUCAGGUCAGGGUUCCAAUAACGGUUCAGGUCAGGGUUCCAAUAAUGCUUCAGGCCAGGGUUCCAAUAACGGUUCAGGUCAGGGUUCCAAUAAUGGUUCAGGUCAGGGUUCCAAUAAGGGUUCAGGUCAGGGUUCAAAUAAUGGUUCAGGUCAGGGUUCCAAUAACGGUUCAGGUCAGGGUUCCAAUAAUGGUUCAGUUCAGGGUUCCAAUAAUGGUUCAGGUCAGGGUUCCAAUAAGGGUUCAGGUCAGGGUUCCAAUAAUGGUUCAGGUCAGGGUUCCAAUAAGGGUUCAGGUCAGGGUUCCAAUAAUGGUUCAGGUCAGGGUUCCAAUAAGGGUUCAGGUCAGGGUUCCAAUAAUGGUUCAGGUCAGGGUUCCAAUAAUAGUUUAGGUCAGGGUUCCAAUAAUGGUUCAGGUCAGGGUUCCAACAACGGUUCAGGUCAGGGUUCCAAUAAGGGUUCAGGUCAGGGUUCCACUAAUGGUUCAGGUCAGGGUUCCAAUAAUGGUUCAGGUCAGGGUUCCAAUAACGGUUCAGGUCAGGGUUCCAAUAACGGUUCAGGUCAGGGUUCCAAUAAGGGUUCAGGUCAGGGUUCCAAUAAUGGUUCAAGGACAAAAGUCACCGCGCCUUUAGAAGAAAUGUUGGAAAACAGAAACCACGACAACCCUAUCAAAGUCAUUCAGACCCUUGCACGGCUUCUGGAGGAAACAGAGGUGAAUGAGACUACAUCCCUGUCUUUCAGCAAUUUGGUGGCCUACCUGUACAAACCGAAGGGCCCCUUCAAAGGCCUUAAAAUUGAUGCUAGUGAAAAUGAGGCAAGGUCAAUGAGGUCUGGCACCGAUAGUGUCAUGGACACCAAAGUGAGCAUUCAACUGCCGAGAGAGCUGGAUGCUGGAUCAGAAAACACCAUUGUGUUCUGCAUGUUUACCUGGCCUGAAGCAAACUGGAGCAAACAUGAAGCCUCGGAUGAAUUAUAUGAGAGCAGAUUGGUUGGCCUGAGUGUGCGGGGAAAGAACAUCUCAGGACUUCAGGAGCGUGUCAACAUCACAUUGGCUUUUACUGUGAAUGAAAUGCAAAAGCCCAGCUGUGUGUACUUAAAUGAAGUAACAAACGACUUUAGUACUGAUGGCUGUCUGACACUGUGGGAACCAGGUCAGAGUAACAUCACCUGCUCCUGUGACCACCUCACAUACUUUGCCGUGCUCAUGGUGUCUGCCCCCCUCUCACAAACAGACCUGCAGAUUCUGACAUACAUCACUCAGAUUGGUUGUAGUAUUUCUCUGUUUGCCCUGAUCAUCACUGUCCUGCUCUUCAUCACGAAAAGAAAGGUCCGAGCAGAUAUCUCCAUGAAGGUCCACAUCAACCUGGCCAUUGCCUUGAUCCUCCUCAACGUGCACUUCCUCCCCAGCCAGACGGUGGCAGCGCAGUACUCCAAGGAGCUCUGCUUCUACAUUGCUGUCUCUCUUCACUACUCCCUGCUGGCCACUUUCAGCUGGAUGGCCCUGGAGGGCUUACACCUCUACCUUCUCUUAGUCAGAGUCUUCAACAUUUAUAUCAGGAAAUACUUGCUAAAGCUCAGCGUGGUGGGAUGGGGUCUCCCUGCAGUCAUUGUGGCCCUGGUGGUCAUCUUCGACCAAAGCUCUUAUGGACGUGUCCCUCUGGACACUACUUACACCAACAGCACACAAAUAUGCUAUAUAAGGGAUACCAAAGUGAAGAUGGUGACUACAGUGGGCGUGUUUGGCUUGGUCUUCCUCUUAAACGUGAUCAUGUUGGGGGUGACAGUCAGACGCAUUGUUAGUCUCCACAAGUUCAAAAAGUAUGGGCAAAGUGACAGUAACAGAGCCAAGAAGGACAUCUGUAUGCUGCUGGGAGUCACCACUCUGCUGGGCAUUACCUGGGGGCUGGUAUUCUUCUCCUUUGGCUACCUGACCAUGACUGGCCUCUACCUCUUCUGUAUCCUCAACUCACUGCAAGGUUUCUUCAUGUUCCUGUGGUUCUUGAUGUCUCUGAGAAAGAAAGGAGCUCUUUCUACUAAGAGUAGUGUAACAAGCAUCACCAACACCUAAGCACUACACAACACAACACACCAGAGACGUGUGUGUGUGUGUGUGUGUGUGUGUGUGUGUGUGUGUGUGUGUGUGUGUGUGUGUGUGUGUGUGUGUGUGUGUGUGUGUGUGUGUGUGUGUGUGUGUGUGUGUGUGUGUGUGUGUGUGUGUGUGUGUGUGUGUGUGUGUGUGUGUGUGUGUGUUGUGGAUUUAUAGAGCAAUACUGUAAAGUUUGAUACUAUUAUUUUUGCUUCAAAUCAUUAUGUUUAUGUACACACAAGUAGAAAGUGUUAACUUUGGAAGAUCACUGCCUAAGUUAACCCUUAAGCAGUGUCAUUGUUAUACCCUGGUGUUUUAAUAAGUCAAUAUGUUGGUGUUUAAUUACAUCCUCCAUACCUAGCAAAAGCUAUGUUUCAUACACUGUAAAAACUGGGAUUGGGGUCAAUUAAUAUUAAAUAAAUAAUACAAAGUAAGUUAUACACAAUAUAAAUGACUUUGUGUAGUUUGUACAUUAAGCUAAAUUCAAACCAUUUUGAAUGAUUUAUUAAUUGCAUUUUAAUUAAGUUUUGUUUGAAUAAAAUCAGCUGUGGAUUUCUGA